AAACGUCAGGUGAUCCGCCGACCUCCGCCUCCCAAAGUGCUGGGAUUACAGGCAUAAGCCACCGCGCCUGGCCGGGACAGAUCUCUUAUCUGAGGCGGGGAGGGGUGGAAACCUUCUGGGCAGUUGUCCCCACUUUAACUCAGGCAAACUCUACAUUUUUGCCUCAGCCUUUUCCUUUUAAACUGACACAUCACUGUCACUGACUUCAUUCUAUGAAAUUGAAUUCUAUGAAAUUGCAUCACUUAACGAAAUUUAUUUAGGUACUCGCUUCGACAGCACAUAUACUAAAAUUGGAAUAAUACAGAGAACAUUGACAUGGCCCCUGCUACAUGCAAAUUUGUGAAAAUUAAAUUUGAAAAAAUAAAAGCUUAAAUUUAUUUGAAACUAAAAAUAUACCAGAGACACUGUACCAAGGGCUGGUGACACAAAUAACAACAGCUAACAAUAACUGUUUUGGGAACUUUCUGGUUUUCCAAAGUAAGAAUUUAGCUCUGUUCUAUAAACAGUAAUUGUUUUGAGGCUCUCAGUUGUAUUAUUUGUAAAAAUGGUAAUGUCAAUGGAUAUUAAUACCUUAUAGAUUGUGGUGAGGAGUAAAUGAAACAAAAUAGGUGAAGCAUCCAAGAAUGCCUGGCACACAGCAGGUGUUGAUUUGUAUUUUAAUUUGAAAAAUAAAAUAGUGAAUAGAAACCUGAAGUUAACUAAUUAAAAAAACUGAAACUAGCAAUCAAGCUUCAAAUGUGAAAAGUAAGUGCAUCAAGAAUCUUGGAGAGGCCAUUUUUUUUUUUUUUUGAGGCGGAGUUUCUCUCAUGUUACCCAGGCUGGAGUGCAAUGGCGCGAUCUCGGCUCACCGCAACCUCCACCUCCUGGGUUCAGGCAAUUCUCCUGGGAGAGGCCAUUUUUACAAAAACUUCUUAGCCCAAGUGAUCCCAGAACUACCUCGACUUCAAAGGGGCCGAGAACUACAAUUCCCAGAAUGCACCUAAAACAAGGCCCCGGGAACGGAGCCCGGCGUUGUUGCGGGGGAUUGUGGGAGGCGUGGUUUCCCUCAGAACUUUUCACCUCCCCAAGGCGCGAGAAUCUUGGAGACAGCCACCAGGCUGGGCGGGGUAAGAGCUGGUGCUCUACCAAUCAUCGAGCCAGCCCCUGGAAGCGCUGAGCUGUGGCCAAUCGGAACGCAGCGGCUUCCGCCUAGCCUGGCGCGCGAUAAUUUGAAGACGCUCACAGAGCGGCUGGAUCUGUUGAGGAGAGCUCGCUCGCCUCUGAGGAAUUCAAUAAAGAAGAUGGCAGCUCUUACUCCAAGGAAGAGGAAGCAAGAUUUUUUGAACUGUGACAGCCUUUUGCUCUUCACUGAAAAUCUGUUUCCAUCACCUAAUAAAAAGCACUGUUUUUAUCAAAACAGUGAUAAAAAUGAAGAAAACCUGCAUUCCUUUCAACAAGGGGGUUUUGCUUUAAGUGCACUCAAAACAUCUGAAAUAAAUAGACUGCCAUCAGCAAAUCAAGGCUCACCAUUUAAAUCUGCUGUGUCCACUGUAUCUUUUUACAACCAAAAUAAGCGGUACCUCAAUCCAUUGGAGAGGAAGCUGAUAAAAGAGAGUAAAGCUACUUACCUAAAAAAUAAUGUUGAAGAUAAAUCUUUUCCCAUCAUGACAGAAAAAAUGCAGGGAAAACCAGUCUGCCCCAAGAAGAACAACAAAAAGCCACAGAAGAGUUUAACUGCUAAGUAUCAACAAAGGUAUAGACACAUCAAGCCUGUAUCAAAGAAUUCUAAAAAUUCCAAGCAAAAUCGAGUGGUCUGUAAGCCAGUUGUGGAGAAAGAGAAUAAUUGUUAUUCAGCUGAAAAUAAUCCCAGUGCUCCUCGAGUUCUAAGCCAAAAAAUAAAACCACAAGUUACACUCCAGGGUGGAGCAGCAUUUUUUGUUAGUAGAAAAAAAUCCUCUCUUAGAAAAUGGUCCAUGGAAAAUGAGCCAUCACUGGGACUCACCCAAAAGAAUAAAUCAGAAUUGAUUGAAGAUUCUGAUGUAGAGACUGUCAGUGAAAAAAAAACACUUAAGACAAGGCAAGUGCCAAAGUGCUUAUUCGUAGAAGAGAAAUUGAACAUUGAACUACUGAAUGCAAGCAGUAAAAAUCAAGAGAAAUUAAUAAAGGACUCAUCAGGUGACAGAGUUUCUUCAAAGGAAUAUGAAGUUGAUAAAAAUAAGUCUUUUCCUUCAGAGGAUUCUCUUGGUAAGAAGACAGUUUCUCCUAAGUCCACUGUCUAUCCAAUCUUCAGUGCAUCUUCAGGCAAUUCAAAAAGAUCUUUAGGUGAAGAACAGUCUUCUGUGGGAUCUGUCAAUUUCUUGAAACAGACCAAUAUUCAGAAAAAUGCUAACACCAGAGAUAUAAGUAAAAAAACAAAAGACCAGCUCAUCAUUGACGCUGGUCAGAAACAUUUUGGGGCUACUGUGUGUAAGUCUUGUGGCAUGAUAUAUACUGCUUCCAACCCUGAAGAUGAAAUGCAACAUGUACAGCAUCACCACAGAUUUCUGGAAGGAAUCAAAUAUGUGGGUUGGAAGAAAGAACGUGUAGUAGCAGAGUUUUGGGAUGGGAAAAUCGUGUUGGUUCUGCCACGUGAUCCAAGCUUUGCUAUCAAAAAGGUAGAAGAUGUCCAAGAACUUGUUGAUAAUGAAUUGGGCUUCCAGCAAGUUAUUCCUAAAUGUCCAAACAAAAUAAAAACUUUUCUUUUUAUAUCUGAUGAAAAGAGAGUAGUUGGGUGUUUAAUUGCAGAACCCAUCAAACAGGCCUUUCGUGUCCUGUCUGAACCAACUGGUCUGCAAUCACCAAACUCUAAAGAAUGUCCUAGGGCUUGGCAAUGUUCAGAUGUGCCAGAACCUGCUGUCUGUGGGAUAAGUAGAAUCUGGGUUUUCAGAUUGAAGAGAAGAAAGCGCAUUGCAAGACGACUGGUUGAUACUCUCAGGAAUUGCUUCAUGUUUGGCUGUUUUCUCAGCACUGAUGAAAUAGCAUUUUCUGACCCGACACCAGAUGGCAAGUUAUUUGCGACCAAGUACUGCAACACUCCUAAUUUUCUUGUAUAUAAUUUUAAUAGUUGAACUGAUUUCAGUUAUAAAGCAGUUACUGUCUCAAUAAGUUCAGAGAGAUCUUUAUUAUAAAAUACUAUUUAAUAUCAGAAAAAUAUCAAGCUCACACUUAGUCACACACACACACGCACACACACAUCACAGUUUUGUUCCUUAUGAGUUGAAAAGUCAGGAAUUAAAUUUGUUGAAAAUUAUCUGGGAUUCAAAGGAAGGAAAAAUCUUGGGGUGAUUUACUGAUUGGCACUCUGAAUUGUUAAUUACAAUUACACUGAUAUUUUGUAGCUAUAACUGGAAAAUUACUUGACUGUUAUGUAAGAACAUUGAUGAAGGAAAGUGAUUUUUGUCUAGAAAUGUGACCUGGUCUUCUACAGAAUACACUCUUAGACCGGAUUAUCUAAUGCCCCAUCAGAAGCAAAGAGGCAAAUUUACACUUGGGCAAGUAAUUUCUAUGCUCAAUUUGUAAAGGGAAUUCCUGAAUUUUUUUUUUUUUUUUUUAAUAGAGGCAGGGGUCUGAUUGUGUUUUCCGAGCUGGAACUUUUGGGCUCAAGCGAUCCUCUGAAAGCACUUAUAGUCGUGGGCCAUCGUACCCAGCAUCAUUCCUGACUUUUCUAUACCAAUUCUUUACUUGGUAGGCACUCAUCUGUACUAACUCAGUUUGAAUAUCUUUAGGAAAUGUUUAGAAUUUCUUUUUUGUAACAAGAUGGUAAGGAAUAAUAUUAUCCUAUUUGCAUUUCUGUAGAGCAGAAAUCUAUAGCUUAAUGUUUAAUCUUUUUGAAAAUAAAAUUAAAUGUUCAUGUGUCAGAUUUAAAAUUAUACUUAAUGAUUGCACUAUUUCAUUACUUUUUUUGUUUGGAAAUAUUGGUAGUACUGCUUUAGGAACUUAUUACUGGCAAUUGAUGUCAUUAACAAAAUGCCUAGUUGGAGUUGAUGAUACAUUUGGCUUCAUUUUCUAAUUUUUUGCUUAUUUAAAAUGCACCUUACUUGUUCUAUGUGGCAAAAGUCUUUACAAAAUAUAUGGUUAUAGAACCAAGGUUAGUAAAUAUACAUAUGCUGGUGGAUCAGAGACCAUGACACUGUAAAUACAACGAAAUGUUCGCACAUUUUGCUCGUAUAAUUCUUGGAUGCUUUAAAAAGGAAAACUGUUCAAAUUGUUCUGAUUCUAAAAAAUCAUUCAACUGCUAGCAAUAAGACUCUAGGCACGUUGUUUUAUAGAUUGUAAUUAUACAUAGGAACUAUUCAUCUGCUUUCAUUUUAUUUGCCUGUAAGUUAACAUGGUUCCAAAAUUUAAAAGCCUGGAUUCCCAAAAGAAUGUGGAAGUAAUUAUGCAAACAUUUUAGUGCUGUUUUCUGCACUUCUGUUUAUUUUUUUAAAUUUUAUUUAAAAAUUUUAAUUAGCAUUUUGCUUGCUUAAUGAUUUUGUGAUCAAUUAAAAUUAUUUAAUAGUUUAGUUUAUACAAGUAAAUCUGAUUUUUUAAAUUAUAUUUUAUCAUUAAAAAUAAUAUAUGUUAACAAAAUUCAUAUAUAGAAAUAGAGAUUGCCAAAAGAAGAGGCUUCCCAUUAUCCUGCUUUGGGUGUAGUGUGUAGUACUUUAGAUUAACUACAUACAUAUGCAGUUAUUUUGCAUCUUGCUUCAUUUCGGUAUGUCUUAGAUAUGUUGUAUUUCAGGAACUUUUUCUAUUUUAAAUAUAAUAACAUGAUUUGCUGUUGAUACUGUUGGCUUGAUUGGGUGGAUUAUUUGUUUUUGUUUAAUUUAACACAUACAAGAAGCAAGUGCACUGAGAAGGUCUCAAAGCAACAAUACCCCAAUGGCAGUGCGCACACCUACCACCCAGAUCUUGGUUGGUUGCUUUCUUUUUUUUCCCCACCCUAGGCGGAAGUGCAGUGGUACAAACAUGGCUCACUGCAGCCUUAACCUCCCAGGUACAAGUGAUCCUCCCACCUCAGCCCCCCUGAGUAGUUCGGACUACAGAAGCAUGUCACCACGCCCAGUUAAUUUUUGUAUUUUUGGCAGAGACAUAGUUUCACCAUGGUGCCCAACUGGUCCUUAAGCUCCUGAGCUCAAGCAGUCCUCCCGUGGUGCUGGGAUUAUAGGUGUGAGCCACCGCACCCAGCCAGAUCUUGCUUACUAAUACCUUCCUCCACAAAAGGACCUGGGGCUCUUUGGAGAACUGGCUCAUUCUAGGGAUAGGGCAAUGAAUGUACAAGAUGAGCCUAAAUCAUCUUGUGCAGCAGUCCCACCUUAUCUGCAAUUUCAUUUCCCACAGUUUGUUACCAAAAAUAUUACAUGGAAAUUUCUAGAAGUAAGGAAUUCAUAAGUUUUAAAUUCUCACCAUUCAGAGUAGUCACAGUGGGUGAUAAGUGCUCAGUUAAGAUGGAAAAGGCAUUAAAUUUGUGGGCAGAAGACAUGCACAAAAACAUUCCGACUGAGGGCAGUCAAGUACUGUCUGUGGUUUCAGGCAUCCUCCUGGGGGUCUUUGUCAUAAUUUGUGCCCAUAUAUAUGUAUGUCUAUUUCUGCUGUUUAUUCUUACCAGUCUUAUAGGUUUUAUUUAUGCCAAUACCAGACUCUGUUAUUGUAAUAUUAAUGUUUCCUAUAUUAUUAGUACAUGGUCCCACCCUUUUUUUUAUUCAGGAAUGUUUUGUCUUUUCUUGGACUUUGCAUUUCCAUUUCCAUUUUAGAAUCAAUUUAUUCCACAAAAAGCCACUAAAAACAAAAAUUCAAAUAAGGGAUUUUAGUGGAAUUCCAUCAGAUCUAUAGAUCAAUUUGGGAGAACUGAUUUUUAGAGUUGGUCAUGUAUUUGAUACUUUUUUUUUGAGGCGGAGUUUGGCUGUUUCUACCUAGGCUGGAGUGCAAUGGCUUACUGCAACCUCUGCCUCCCAGGUUCAAGUGAUUCUCCUGCCUCAGCCUCCCGAGUAGUUGGGAUUACAGGCCACCAUGCCCAGCUAAUUUGGAAUUUUACUAGAGACGGGUUUCACAAUGUUGGCCAGGCUGGUCUUGAACUCCUGACUUCCAGUAAUCCACCCGCCUCAGCCUCCCAAAGUGCUGAGAUUAUAGGCGUGAGCUACCAUGCCCGGCCCAUACUUUUUUUUAAGCCUUUGGAAAAAGUGUUUUAAAUUACAUCUUGUUUCCUGAUAAAUAAAUACAACUUUUAUGUUUUGACUUUGCAUUCAGCAACCUUUCUAAACUUAAUUCUAUUUAUCUAUUUUUAUAUACGUAAUAUCUGUGAAUGAGUUAUAUUUCUUUUAGAAUCUCACAGCUUUUUCGUUCUUACAGUAUUGCAUUUCUAAGAUUGCCAGUCCAGUACAGUGUUGAAUAAAAGCAAUGAUUGUAGAAGAUUAAAUAGGUUCCAGGAGACAUGAAAGAAUGAUCAACAUUUCUCAAACAGCUGCUGAUUAUCUCGUUUUAUGGAGGCAUAAUAAGCUCCUGGAGGCCUUCUACCGAUUCUAAAGAGAAAGAUUUUCUGGGAGUGGCUAGGGCUAUAGUACUGUUCAGUAACAGUGGUAAGAGAAGGCAUCCUGGCUUGUUCCGUACUACGGUAUGAUACCUGCAGGUUCUUCUGUAGACAGCCUUUCUCAAGGUAAGAUCCCCCUUCUAUUUCUAGUUAGCUGAGAGAUUACCUUUUUUUUUGUUAAUCAAAAAUGGAUGUUGGAUUUUGUCAAACACAUUUUCUGUAUCUAUUGAGAUGAUACAUAGUCUUCAAAUUUGUUAAUAUGGUGAUAUUGACUGUCCCCAGCUUUCAAGUAUAACUGACAAUUAUAUAUGUUUAAGGUAUACAACUUUGUUUCAUAUUGUGACCUGAUGGUCAGUCAAGCUAAUUAACAUAUCACUUCAUAUAGUUACCGUUUUCUUAUUGUGUGUGUGAGAAUACUGAAGAUCUACUCUCAGCAAAUCUCAAGUGUACAGUAUUGUUAACAAUGGGCACAAAGUUUCCAUUAUGCAGGAUGAGUAAGUUCUGGUGACCUAAAGUACAGCAUAAUGAGGACAUUGAUUCUGGAAUGUUAAACUUUUCCUUUCUGGACUGAGUCCUAGUUGGUUAAGAUGUAGUGUCCUUAUGUACUGUUGGACUGAAUUGGCUAAUAUUUUGUUAAGGAUUUUGAGAUCUGUGUUUGUGAACGAUAUUGAACUAUUAUUUUUUAAAUUCUGGGUACAUAGCAGGUAUACAUGUUUAUGUGUUAAUGAGAUAUUUUGAUACAGGCAUGCAGUGCACAAUAAUUGUAUCAGGAUUGAUGGGAUGUACCAUAAUAUGUUGGGUUUUCCUAUUAGAGUUAUGUUUAUCUCAGAACAAACUGGGCAGUAGUCCCUAUUCCUCUAUUUUCUGAGAAAGUCUGUAAAAUCGGUGUCAUUUCUUCCUUGGAUAUUUGGUGAAAAUCAACAGUAAAAUAUCUGGGUCUUGAGUUUUCUUUGUGGGGAUGUUUUUAAUAGACAUAGGGCUACUUGGAUUUCCUAUUCUUAUAUUAAUUUUGGUAAAUUGUAUUUUUCAAAGAAAUUGUCAUCUUUUCAUCUACGUUGUUGGAUUUAUAGCCAUAACCCUGUUUGUAAUAGCCUAA